AAAUACUCGACAAUGACAAAUUGAAACAUGCAUCCUCAUUAGGUUUUGCCGGACCGGGUAAGUUUGGAAAGGUGACAUUAGCCGACGAGGUGCCAUUGAUCAACUUUUUGAGGUCCCGCACCCCGAUUUGAAUAUCUCAAUACUAUUCCAGCGAUUUCAUCACUGACUGCUUUCGAGGUAUCCUUGAGCCUGGCAUCGUUGAAACUUAUUGACGUCCUUAUUCUUUAUUUGUCGCGGAGUGAACUUCGGCAAAGACGGUGGAAUCUCAUAAUGGCAUACCCCCUUUGAAGUUCGAAUGUUUACCAAGUACGCUCUACCCAGGGUAUAAACUGCGUUUGACUUUCUUACUCAAAUACAGUGCCGUUGCAGUUGCUUGGGCUUGCACUCCGCCUCGUCGUGAACACGUACGAUAAAGAUUACCUUUCACACAAUCUAUCUAAAGAGCCUACCAUGGCGACCGCCUUUAAGGAUUUCAAUUCAACCGAAUACGCCUUGGAUAUCAUUCCGCAUGAAAAAAUUAUUACACCAACAGCACAAAGUUCGACCACAUCAUUCGAUGAUUUCAUGUGGAUUAAUUUCUGGGAAUGGAGGGUCCAAGUGAUCCUCUGGAUAUACGUUCCCCCGAUUUUAAUCGUAAUGGGAACAUUUUUCAAUGGGUUAACUGUCUUGGUUCUGCUUCAAAGGAAAUUUGGGAAGCCAUCAACUAGACUGCUUCUUAUUGUCCUUGCUCUAGCAGACACCUCGAUGUUACUAACAAGGUGUCUUCGUUGGUGGAUCUUGAAGGCGUUCGCAAUAGAUGUGCGAUAUUUAAGUGCUGCCUCAUGUCCAAUACAUCUGUUCUUCACUUACUUUCUUUUUCAUUUCGCCAGCUGGAAUGUCGCAUUGCUGACGUUGGAGAGAUGGAUAUCUGUGUCAUAUCCGUUAAAAGCGAGGGUGAUAUGCACAAGAAAGAACAUAAUCAUCACUUUGACAAUAACCAUUACAUUCCUGGUCGCACUUAAUUCACACAUUUUUUACUUUUUCCAAAGAACACAUGAUAGUAAUUGCAAAUAUAUCUCGAAAGCAUAUCAUAAUUUUCUUCUUAAAGUUUGGUACUGGAUCGACUUUUUAGCAUAUUCAGGCCUGCCUUUCACGGUUAUAACUUUCUGUAACUGUUCUAUCUUCCACCAAGUUAGCCAAGGACAAACAAGACGAAAGGCACUUCAGAAUUCGGAUGGAAAGACAGACUGUGGUAGAGCUCAGAUGACCAGUAUGACGCGCAUGUUGACCACAGUUAGCGUCAUGUUCAUUCUUUUCACUUUGCCCGUCUCUGUUUAUUUCAUUGUUUAUGGGUACCUGCCGGGUCGUGAUACCCGCACGAGGAAACAGUGGGCCCAAUACGAUCUUAGCUACGCUGCAACAAAUUUAUUCAGUUAUUUAAAUAAUACAGUUAAUUUCAUUCUUUAUUGCUUGAGCGGGACACAGUUUCGAAGGGAGGUUCUCCGAAUGCUCCGUUGUCAAAGAGUGGUCGAGGCAAGCCAAGGCUCCGGUAGCCAGGACAAAACGUCUGUUACAUGAAUUCUGGUACUUCAUGAUAAAACUCUCGCGCUUUAUCAGGAGUUAAAACUCUCGUUAGUUGUCCUGCAGUCAAAAUUAAACACGUGAUUUGGAUUUGGUUUUGUGCAAGAGAAUGUUAUUACAGUUUGAGGGCUAGUCUUUCAGCCACAUAAACAUGCACAUAUCUUUAAAGUGAUAAAUAUGUGCAGCAACUGUAGGCCGAUAAUCAAUGUUGUAGUACAUGUGUAGAAAAGCUUUCAGGAGAGCAUAUAAGAGCUUUCAAAAGAUACCAUUACGUUAUUACCUUUGCAUAGUGUCGGGAUGACACGUUGCAUGUAGAGACUCUAUGGAAAGCGAGACUAUGCGAUGUGACAAUCAGAUCCCAGCUGCUACCGUAAAUGACGACAUCCCGUAGUCUAUACGGCGUUUCUCUCUCGCGACUCAAUAGUUCUCUGUAUCGCAGGAUACAACAUCAGUCUUGCGUGUCCGAUAUCGUCUCCGUCGUCGUUUGCCUCCAACAUUCCCGUGUGUCACUCUAUCAGCCUUGCUUAUUCCAUUCGACACACGUGUCCAAACCAAGAACGUAUGGUCAUCUCUUUUAAACCAACAGCGAGACUGAAGGUUGACCUGUCGUUCUCCUGAUCUCAGUGUUGCUGAAACGGCGGAACCACAUCUUAACAGCGCUACAGACACCGUGGGUGUAUUUUCAGCUACCAUAAGUCAGACCUCCACCAGUAUAUUCUCAUACAGCAAAGAUGCAUCCAUCCAAGCUACUAAACAGUUGGUAAUAGUUGCUGUUUGCGAGUUAGGCAUGGUCACGUCCCUUGCUGUGCCACUGUCGAACCAGAUCUACAGUGCUGUGACGUCUCAUAUAACAAAAUCACAUCAUAUGAUGUGAAAAAUCACUAUACACGAUGUCAACAGGGGACCCCUCUGAAGUCAAAUCCGAUAGUUAUAGCUUGUGUGAAGGAAUUCCUUGACCCUGGCUAUACUUAUCGGAUAAGAAGGAUUUAGCUUCCGAGGAAUAUGUCUUAUUUGCUUGCUGACUAUAGCAUCCCAUAAGCAGCAUAUGGCUUACAAGUGUGUGGUCGAUAAUUUUUUACUGAGCAAAUCAGAUGAAAGACGAAUACGGUUUCAGUUUUUUCUGUGGUGUUUCUGGUGUUGAAAAUCUCAUAAUCUCCUGGAUACAUUUAGUCAUCUGGCCAUAAAAAAUAUUUCCAAAUUACUAGGCGUUGGAAAUAUCUUCAACAGACAGGCUGAAGGUGCUCUUACUCCAGUCCUAUAUAUUGUUCUUCGUCAUCUGACCAACUACUUUGACAUCACGUUGUGAAGCUGUGCGGGUGUUUUCGUCAGGUCACGAACUAUAAUAGGCCAGCUGAAAAACUAAUUGGGCCACUGUUACAUUUUUUAAAUAUGACAUCGCCCGGAUAAAGUUUCGUGGUCAAUACGAUGGCUAACUGGACUUUACGCAAUAUUUCGCCAAAAAAGUAUUCUACGCAACGGUCCCUAGGUGACUUUUCCUAUUCAUAAUACACAGCCUGUCCAUGGUAUUAAUCCUCAAGACUGCUUCUCAUAGAAUGUUAAUGAUGAACAGAUAUUCUGCUAAAAGCAUCGAACAGGAAAUCACUGCAUAAGUGCAAAAACACGUUUCAUUUGCUUUGUUGCUAACGUGAAUUAUUAUUGCAUUCUCUUUUCAAAGAAGACAAAUGAGACGUGUUUUUCUCUAUCGACCACCAAAUGCACGAGCCGCUGUGACUGAAACGGCGGGAUCGCAUGAACGUUUAGGUGUUCAAUACUUACAUUGCACAAUCCUAAACGACGGAAAGGGUUGCCGUUUACUGUAUGGCAAAGUCCUCCAACCAGCACAUGUUGGAAAACAUGCAACGUGUAUGAAAAGAACAUGGGAAGUAACCUGAAAAAUACACUGUCCUCUUUGAUGAAACAUAUUCACCAACGUAACCACGUCGCUGGGGCGUGGUGGGUUGUA